CUUCAGACUGUCUAACCUAACUAACCUAACCUAAUAAUCUUGUUUGUUAUUGUGAUCAAAUAACGUUUGUCAACAUUCCAUUUAUGAAACGUGUAAAACAUUAAAUUAAUAUAUAAUUUUUGACAAUAAGGUUAAAUAUAAAUAAUUUGCUCCACUCGUAUAUCGGUCAUGGGGCCGAAUAUACAGAGCGCACCGCGUUUUCAGUGCCGAUGAUAAACAACACUUGUGUACUACUAAUACAUUUCAUAAUAAAUUAGUUCCUGAAAAGUGUAAAAAUGUCCGUUAAACAACCAAAACUUGAUAGAAAGGUCCACGUCUAUCGUUCAUUGCGUGAGAAAUUAAAUAUUAUCGAGGCAGUUAAUAAUGGUGAAAAAAUGACAUCAGUGGCAAAACGUUAUAAUAUUUCAAUAACGGCAGUGUCAAAAUUAGUGAAGAAAAAAAAUGAAAAAAUCAAAUACAGCAGUACAUUAGAUGAACAAGUGUUGAAAAAACGAAAGACAUUUAGAAAAGUGCACGAUAGUCUUUUAGAAAAAUCCCUAUUAAUGUGGUAUAAUGAAAAAUGUUUAAAUGGUCAACCAGUGAGUGGUCCUGCCUUAUGUGAAAAGGCAUUGAUAUUUAAUGAUAAAUUAAAUGGUUCAAAAGAAUUUAAAGCAAGUUUUGGUUGGCUCGAUAGAUUUAAAAAACGAAAUGCCAUACAAUUUACAUUGCAAGGUGAAAAAUUAACGGCAAACGUUGAUUCUGCCAUUGAAUAUUGUUUUCAAUUUCAAAAUUUAAUUAGUGAGGAGAAUUAUAAUUUAAGCUUGGUAUUUAAUGCUGAUGAGAGUGGAAUUUUUUGGAAAAGCCUACCGGAAAUUGAUGUGAAUGAUAAGCAAAAUUUUCAAGGUCAGAAUCAAACUACGGACAGAAUAACAUGUUUAUUUUGCGGAAAUGCCGACAGUACCUACGCCCUACCAUUGUUAAUAAUUGGAAAAUCUUGGAGUUCACGUUCAACGUCAACAACUUCAGACAAUAUACAACAAUUACCAGUAAUGUAUCAAAAUCAAUCAUCAGCCUACAUGACGGAAGAUAUUUUUCUCGAUUGGUAUACAAACAUUUUUAUUCCCUCUGUACAAGAGAUGCAGGAGAAAACAAAAACUUAUGGCAAAGUUUUGCUAGUUAUUGAUCCCGCUAAAUGUCAUCCGUCAAAGGAAAUUCUCAACUCAGUGAAUGAAAGGUUUCAAGUUGAAUACCUUAAGGCUAAUAUUGCACAUUUAGUACAGCCAAUGGGUCAAGGUGUGAUCGAUAAGACAAAAAGAAUGUAUCGUAGGACAUUAAUAACAAAUUUAUUGAAUGCAGACGAGAAUACAACUGUCGAUGAAUUUAUGAAACAAUACACAAUGGAGGAUUUUUGUUUCAUGCUUUCGAAUGCAUUUGAAUCGGUAACGACGUUAAAUUUAAAGAAUGCUUGGAAUAAACUUUGUGGUGUAUCGCCAUUAGAUGAAGAAAACUUGGAUCCUGAUGAGAAGAUUUUGGAUUAUAAAACUUUCUGUCAAAUGGUACACAGAAUUAAAGGUUACGAGAAUGUUCAUCCGGCCAGUGUCAGAAUAUGGUUAAAUGCUGAUUUUUACGAUCCAGGCUGGGAAUUACUCACCGAUGAGGAAAUUAUUGAAUUUGUCACUAGUAGUAAGUCACAUGAAGCCAAUGAUGUCGCUGAGGAAACAAUCAACCAAUCAAAUGCUGAGGACUUCGACCAAAUAAUAAAUUUUAAGGAAGAAAGCAGUGAUCAAUUCACUAACUCCCAGAAAGUAGAAACUGAAGAAAUCUCUCAGGAAUCUGAAGCUGAUGAUGAUGAUGAUAAUCUCGAAUCUAAAAAUAUUUCAAGUGUUGUGGAUAGUGUCGAAAUAGCCAUUCAAAAUUUACACAAUUGGUGCAAGAGAAGAAAAGAAUAUACUGAAUCAGAUCAUCAUCUUUUAUAUAAGUGGGAGACAAUUGCCCGAAAGGCGUCGGAAUAAAUAGAAAAUUAGUAAUUAUCUUCAAAGAAGAUCAUAAUACAUGUAAGAAACUUCAAGACUGAUUAAAAUAUAAAUUAUAGAUUUAC